AUGAAGCGUCAUAGAGCGGUAUGCUGCGGCGGCUCAGAGCGUCUGGAACCGUGUUUGCUGCACCAAUACAAACAACAGAAGGAGCAACACCAGUGCCGAUCACGCAAACACUUUCUACAGCUGCACCACUACAAACAACAUCAGUGCCGACCACGCACACACUUUCAAAAGCAGCACCGCUACAAACAACAAAAGGAGCAACACCAGUGCCGACCACGCACACACUUUCUACAGUUGCACCACUACAAACAACAAAAGGAGCAACACCAGUGCCGACCACGCACACACUUUCUACAAAUGAACCACUACAAAAAACAAAAGGAGCAACACCAGUGCCGACCGCGCAAACACUUUCUACAGCUGCACCGCUACAAACAACAAAAGGAGCAGCACCAGUGCCGACCACGCAAACACUUUCAACAGCUGCACCGCUACAAACAACAAAAGGAGCAGCACCAAUGCCGACCACGCACACACUUUCAACAGCUGCACCACUACAAACAACAAAAGGAGCAACACCAGUGCCGACUGCGCAAACACUUUCUACAGCUGCACCACUACAAACAACAAAAGGAGCAACACCGGUGCCGACCACGCACUCACUUUCUACAGCUGCACCACUACAAACAACAAAAGGAGCAACAGCAGUGCCGACCACGCAAACACUUUCAACAGCUGCACCACUACAGACAACAAAAGGAGCAACACCAGUGCCGACCACGCACACACUUUCAACAGCUGCACCACUACAAACAACAAAAGGAGCAACAGCAGUGCCGACCACGCAAACAGUUCCAACAGCUGCACCGCUACAAACAACAAAAGGAGCAGCACCAGUGCCGACCACGCAAACACUUUCAACAGCUGCACCACUACAAACAACAAAAGGAGCAACACCAGUGCCGACCACGCAAACACUUUCAACAGCUGCACUACUACAAACAACAAGAGGAGCAACAGCAGUGCCGACCACGCAAACAGUUUCAACAGCUGCACCACUACAAAACACAAAAGGAGCAACAGCAGUGCCGACCACGCAAACAGUUUCAACAGCUGCACCACUACAAACAGCAAAAGGAGCAACUCCAGUGCCGACCACGCACACACUUUCAACAGCUGCACCACUACAAACAAUAA